UUUUUCCUCCUCCUAUUAGGAUGGCAAGCUUCAAUGAAAACUGGGAGUCUGUCUUAUAUUAUACCAUGCAAUCGUCUGCCUGUGCAGUUGAUCAGUCAGGUGAGAGUUUAUACCUCCAAUGGUCAGAAAAAAGAUCUUGGAUCAGAAGACAGAAAUGGAUCAACCUCAGAAGAAACCCUGCAUAAAGUUGGAACAGGACAAGAUACGAGCAAUGCAGGUCAAAAACAGGCUUUCCUUAAAGAGCCAAUCCAAGUAAAAGUGAAAGCAGUCCUUAAAAAAAGAGAAUAUGGACCAAAAUACACACAGAAUAACUUCAUCACUGGAGUCAGAGCAAUAAAUGAGUUUUGCCUUAAAUCCAGUGAUUUAGACCAGCUGAGGAAAAUUAAACGACGAAGUCCCCAUGAUGACACUGAGACUUUCACUGUGUACUUGAGAUCGGAUGUAGAGGCAAAGUCUCUUGAAGUUUGGGGUAGUCCAGAGGCUCUUGCUAGAGAAAGAAAACGACGUAAAGAGGCAGAGAUCAAGUACAGAGAAAAUCUGUUUAGAAACCAAAGGCUGUUGAGGGAAUACAGGGAGUUCUUUGGAAAUACUAAGCCACGCUCCAGUGCAGCAGCUAUGUUUUUCAAGGGACCAGGGAAGGUGGUAAUGGUAGCUAUUUGCAUAAAUGGGUUGAACUUUUUCUUUAAGCUGCUUGCUUGGGUUUACACGGGUUCUGCAAGUAUGUUUUCAGAAGCCAUACAUUCUUUAGCAGACACAUGCAACCAGGCAUCCUCUCACAGCACAAGUAGCCACAUACCUGACAAGUUUACUUUGACUGGUGUGGCAAACUCAAGAGUUGGGCAC